AUUCUACCGCCAUCGGUGCCAGUGCUGUUUGGGUUCUCGAUCAGUUCGGUUGCGUUUUGUUUUGUUCGGAAACGGAUUUUUAAGCUCGCGCGCACUCGCUCCGAUGGUGUUGUUGGCGUGAAUGUUACAAUUACGGACCUAGCUUUCUUCACUUUUCAUUGGAUGUUCCGUUUUUUAUGUUUGCUUCUUUACCCUUUCUUCAUCAAAUGUUUGAACUGUUUUGUUAAUUGAAUGUGGAGUGAAUGUUUACCUGGCAUCGCGUUUGCUGCUGCUUCUGCUUCAUUCAAUAAUAGACAACAUUCGAGCGUUUUGUUUUUUGCGGAUUUCCAGGUUUCGGGGGUUUAGAUAUAGAAAACAAAAUAAGGUUGAUGUCAACUGUGACGAAUACGUUUGACUGGGUUUGACUUCGCGUUUGACCGCGUCAGCAUUAUUUGUGCUUUGAAGAUUCUGUGCCAAAUACUGAAUGUUAUUUCGGAGAUGGGAAUUAAUCAACUGCUGUGAUGUUGAUCUAGAGCGAGUCAUAUGCGUUACACAGUGAACGAAACGAUCUACAAAACCACAUUAGGUACCGAGGUGACUGGAUCAUCGUAUUUGAGCGGCUUGGACAUUCCCUUCUCGCUGAUCGUCAACCACAGAAGAACCUUCUUCGAGAACUUGGUGUGGGAGAUAUAUUUGGCGUCGUCACUUAUCUCUUUGGUGGGAGGCGUAAAGUACCCGGUCCACUGCCUGUCGUUGCUGUCCAGCGUCAAGUAGGUCUCGUCAUCCAUUAUGGCCACGAAAUCGCGCUACGCCGGAAGGAUGUUUUUCACCAACACCUUUAGCCGCUCCUUCUUGAUGACUGCCUGCUGUUAGACACGACCGGCCUAAACUGACUGAAGAAUCCAGAUGUAGUAACGGAUAUUAAACAACAGCAUACCGUAAACUCCAAUGUAGCAAAACCAAGCUAUCAGAAGGCGCAACAAAAUAUGUGAAAUCGCUAGUUUCCGAAGCUAAUGCCUAAGUCGAGUAAUAAAAACCGCAAAGAAAGGUCUGACAUUGGAUUUCAACAAUUUGCAACCGGUAAGGUAGCCGGUAACAGCAACAUCCAACCUUUGUGGAGCAAGUGUAACAAAACCUGGACCGGCGGCAACAACCUUGAAGCAGGGAGAAGCCUAAGCAGCAGAAAAAAUGAUGAAAGACGUUGAAUUUCAAGACAUAGUGUACGCGGUCAAUGCCCGGCAAAGCUUCCUCGGUGAAAGCAGAAGGCGAACCAUUCUUAAAGGCGUGAGUGGUGUUUUCCGGCAUGGCCAAUUAUCAGCAAUUAUGGGUCCCUCAGGGGCUGGUAAAAGUAGCCUGUUGAAUGCAAUCUCUGGUUACCGAAAAACUGGCGUUGAAGGCAUCGCACACCUCAACAGAAAAUCUUCUUGUUAUAUAACACAAGACGAUCAUCACCAGCCCCUCCUGACGGUACAAGAACUGAUGUACAUUGCUUGCCAAUUAAAAAUAAAAGGAAGAGCAAAUUACGCUAAAACAAUUACGGACGUAUUAUCCAAUCUUCAUCUGGACCACCGAAGAAAUGUAACCGCAGACAGACUGAGUGGUGGCGAACGGAAGCGUCUCUCUAUUGCACUGGAAAUGGUUGCGAAUCCUUCGAUAUUCUUCCUAGAUGAACCCACCAGUGGAUUGGAUGAAGUAACCGCUGCCACGUGCGUCCGAUUAUUCCGAGAUCUUGCCAAACAGGGACGUACCGUUGUCUGUACGAUCCAUCAGCCAUCGGCUAGAAUAUUUACCUAUUUUGAUCAUAUCUACGUUAUCGCUAAGGGACAAUGCGUCUUUCAAGGUUGUCCCCGGGCGGUGGUACCCUUCCUGUCUCACAUGCGAAUUGAAUGCCCUCGACACUACAAUCCGGCUGAUUUUAUAAUUGAAAUCUGUGAUAACGACACUCAAGAGUUGAUUCCAGCUUUCACUGAAGCCAUGCAGAAUGGCAAAGCAAUCUGCUCAAAACCACAUCUAACCUCUUCUUCGUCCACAAACCAUCUUCCGGAAAUAGACGAGGAACCUAGGUCGCUGGAACCGAUGAGCGAUUUUACAAUCAAGCCCACAGUUACGUCUAUGAUUCUGGAAAAUCAACGACCCAAAGUGUCUACAUUGAUCCAAAAAAUGAAGCAAAUUACGCUGUUCUUCCACAGUCCACAUGCUGCGUCAGGGUUCGUUCAAUUUUGGGUCCUUUUCGGUUUGAUGUGGACGAAAACGAUACGAAACAAAACGGUGCUCUGGAUACAGCUCAUACAUCAUGUUAUCUGUGGUACAUUCAUAGGACUGAUUUUUUUGAAUGCCGCCAAUGACGGAGCACGAAUGUUCGAUCAUCUCAAGUUCUGCCUGGGCUUUUGCUUUUUCUUUUGUUACACUCAAGUGAUGGUUCCAAUAUUGAGCUAUCCUCGUGAGGUCAAACUGGUAAAGAAAGAAUGUUUUAAUCGAUGGUAUGGGCUUUUUCCCUACUACUUGGCAUUGACGCUAUCCCGACUGCCGAUUCAGUUCAUUCUUAACACAUUAUUUACCGUGCUGGUGUAUUGGCUGGCUGGGCUACCAGCUGAGCUGCACCGAUACACGCUUUUCAUGAUCGUUGGCAUGAUUGUAUCUUUAUGUGCUGAAGGUUUCGGUCUGUUGAUAGGGGCCACCUUCAAUGUGAUGAAUGGUUCUGCAAUUGGACCGCUAACGAUAGCACCCUUCCUUGGGCUGGCGAUCUACGGUUUCGACUUUGCUGCCCAGGUUCCAACAGUCAUGCAUUGGCUGAUGCGCAUUUCGUUCAUACGCAGUGGCGUUGUGGCCGUCGUGCUCGUGGUUUUCGGCUACAAUCGACAACGGUUGGAUUGCAAUGAGAUAUAUUGCCACUUCGAUGAUCCUAAAGUGUUACUCAACUACAUCCGAGUGCAUGAUACGUCACUUAUGCUCGAGUUGAGUAUCUUAUUCGCGAUGACCCUCUUCUAUCGAUUGCUGUGCUAUCUAAGCUUAAGGAGACGAUUUUACCAGUGAUAAUCGGGACAUAUCGUAACGCAAUGUGAUCUAUUUUUCGUUUUAUUAUCUAGGGAUUUUUUUCUCAUACUCUUUUACUCUGGUAAUGUUGGAAGAAGCAUAGUUUUAGGAAUAGCACUAGUUCAACAUUCCACGGGAGAGUAAUAGUUGGUAGUAAUUUUACUUCAGGGGUGAUUUCUUUCCAAAGCACUGGAGCCAGCCAAAUGUCAGAAGUAACAUAUAUGUGUUGAUCAAUUGCUAUGUACUUAUACAGAGAACAAAAGAGCAUUUUAUUUGACAAUAAAAAUCUUUUUAAAAACAA